AUGUCAUUUGACAUGGAGAGCGCACCCGUCGCCGGAAGCAAGAUGCCGGCCAAUGCUCCGCCGAGAUCGGAGAGCUCGCUCGGUAGCAAGACCGGGAACCGGAUAUGCGAUCGGACACACGCAGGGUCUGGGCCGAAGGUUCAUGAUAGUGACGCACUACUGGCUAGCACCGACUCUCGAGCUUCUUCUGAGAUUCCCGAGGGCCACGGCGAUGCGGCCUCGUACGCCAAAAGCGGGUUCGCGAACCGCAUGGGAUGGGGACAGCGGCCGGUCCUACUUCUAAUCGACGUCUGCAAAGCAUACUGGACGCCCGGCUCGCCACUAGACUGCUCAGCGCACGCGCCGACGACAAAGUGCCCGCAGGUCAUGCGCGACAUGCUGACCGCGGCCCGCGCAACCGGCACGCCGGUCGUGUGGACGGCGGUCGAGUACACGGACCCCGACAUGAAGGACGCGGGACUGUUCUGGCUCAAGGCCAAGGCGCUCAACAUAUGGAAUGUCGCUGGCACGCGAGGGUUGAGCGAUUGGGUCGAGGGGCUGGUGCCGGAGAAGGGCGAGAUGGUGAUUAAGAAGAAGUAUGCGUCGGCUUUCUUUGGGACGUCGUUGGCGACGGACUUGAGGGUUAUGGGGGCGGAUACGGUGGUGGUGUGUGGGGUUUCGACUUCGGGGUGUGUGAGGGCGAGCACGCUGGACGCGAUGCAGUGCGGCUACCGUCCCAUGGUUGUUGGUUCGGCGUGUGGCGACCGAAGUGACGAGAUCCAGAACGCCAAUCUAUUUGACCUCAAUGCAAAGUAUGCCGACGUCGUGAGUGAGCAGGAAGCGAUAGAGCAUCUGAAAGCAGGCUGGCCCAAGUCUUGA